GUAUUUCCUCAAUUAUCUCAAAUUCCACUGAUCUAGACAACAUAAGCUUAAAACCCCAUUAAUUAAUGAAUAAUAACAACCGAAUGUCAUAUAAAUGUACAAGAAUAGCCUGUUCAAUCCCAAAAUAAAUGAAAAUUAGAUCAAACAUCCAGAGUCAGUGAGGAUUUUCUCAUGGAAUUUAAUUUUCAAAGAAAAUAAAAAUAUUUUACUAUUUCAAAAAAAUUGAAAAACCAAGUGAUUAAGCUAUUUAAAUGCAUUAAUUAUAGCUAAAAGAGCAAAUAAGCACUUAAAGAAAGUGAAUUCUUUGAAAAUUAAAAGAUUAAAUAAGGAAAAAGCAACGAAAAAACGAAAAAAGUCAACUUAAGAAAAAAAUAAAAAUUUUAUUAGAAAAAAUAGGGAAAUUAAUUUAUUUAAACUUUGUUAAGUCAUCAUCAGACUCAACGUGGACGAAAAGAUAGCUGCAAAAGUGUUGAUAAUACAAUAUUACAGCGUUUCAAUAGUUAAAGGAACUUGAUAUGUCCAAACACGACGGAGUCAGUUGUGAUUAUUGUAUGAAAAGUAACUUUCGUGGACGACGAUACAAAUGUUUAAUCUGUUAUGAUUAUGAUCUAUGUGCUGAAUGCUAUGAAAGUAAUGCAACAUCCACACGUCACACAACACAACAUGCUGUGCAAUGUAUUUUAACACGUUCAAUGAUUGAAGUAUCAUAUGGCAGUGGAAGUGGCUCACCACGUCAAUAUCAAAGCUUCACAUGUCCUUAUUGUAGCAAAAAAGGAUUUAGUGAAACGACACUUCUCGAACAUGUCACUGCUGAACAUUCAGAAUCGGAUAGUUCUGUAGAAGUUAUAUGUCCAGUCUGUGCAUCGUCGCCCGGCGGCGAUCCAAACCUUAAAACCGAUGACUUAGCAGAACAUUUAACACUAGAACAUCAACGAGGUGGCACAUCCACAUUUGAAUUUAUUAAUGAACCUUCAGGAAUUCGUCACGGUGGAGUUCGGCGGAUUUCAAGAACAGCUGUUGGUGCUGGUGUGCGGUCCACUCGUCGUUCGAAUAAUGCUAGUUUCAGUCCAUCUAAUCAAGAACCAUCAAGUGAUCAAUCUGUAGAUCUCUUUGCUGAGCUUCAACAAACAUUAGCCGGAGGUUCUCGUCGUCAACUUCAACAGCUUCAAAUGCAAAUUCAGAUGGAACGACAAGCCAUUGAGAAUCGAAUCACAAAUAUUGGUCGACGACCAGGAUCAACAAAUUUAACUGCAGCAAAUAAUAGCACAGCAACAAACGGUGGUGUUGGAAAUAACAGUAAUUCAGCAAGUAUAAGUAUUCAACGAAUUCUAUCGGCUAUGUCCAAUAGUGGGAGCUCAAGGGAUACAUUCAUGACAAUAUCGCCAAGAAGUCAAUUGUCGGGAAUGCCAACAGCAACUUCAGCCGUCGUUAAUGGACAGUCUUCCGCAACAUUCAUGCCCACGUCAGGCAUUCAAUUGCAAGGACUUCAUACACAACCAAAUGUUGCCGAAGUUGGAACUAUUCAAAUUCCAAAUUCAAGCGGUCAAUUCUUGAUGCCACGUUUAUUGUCAUCAGCAAUAAAUGAGGAUGAAAGAGAGCAACUUGAAAGAGACAGAGCUGAUAGAGCAUUAUAUAUUCAAGAGCUAUUAUUAGGUACGGUAGAUGAAAAUAGUCAAAAUGUGAUUACUCCAAUGCCACUUCAAAGUGUCGCAGCUUUGGUGGAGCCAGCGAUACAGCAGUUUCAGCGAAUGACUGUGGAUGAUGAGCAUACUGGAUUGGCUCAAGGGACUGUUUAUCAUGGAAAUGAAGCUAUGAAGAAAAACUUUAUGAGGAAGAAGGAAAUGUCAUCGGUGGAUGAUGGUGGGAAGAAGCAGCAGAAAGGGAAAGUAGCGAGUGCUAGGAAAUAGAGAAUGUAUGAUAGGAUGGGAGGAUGUGUAAUGGUUAUAUCAUGAUUAUUAUUUUUAAUUGUUUCUAUUUCAUUUUAAAUGUGUGGAAUAUCCACAGGAUAACUAAACUAAAAAAACAAGAUGAAUGAUAAAUUUUAAAGCAUAAUAUAAUUAAUUAAUUAUUGAGGAUACAUAAAGAAGAAGAAUAUAAGAAACUCAUCACU